AUGGGCCUUUUAAAGAGAUCAGAUCUAUUCAGGUAAGCCCAUUCUCAAUCGCUCGUUUUAUUUUACCUAGUUUUACUUUCAAAAUGGCUGCCUGGACGUCAGUGAGCUUGGUUUUGGUUUCUCUAGCAGUCGCGUGUGUUUGUAAGUUCAGGGGUUAUCCAAUAAACGAAGGAUUUAGCUCUUCCCCAAGUGCAAUAUGUGAAUAACAAGCCGUAUCAUCUGAUGCAAUACACAGAGUGCCAAGGCGGGAAGAUCUUCGAGAUUAACAGUGUGAAGGUAAGCGUAAGAACAUAAUGGUUGCAAAACUCCCAGGACAUUGACGAAUGCAAGGCCGCCUGUCUCCAACGAGAUUGUAGAGCCGUUAAUCUCUUCCAGCUCGGGGAAUUCGAAUUCAAAUGUGAAAUACUCGCGUAUGUCCGGGGAUAUCAACCAGCACAAGGGGCUGCAUGCUAUGUAGCCUAUUAUUGA